UCUUGAAUCUACACCCGCAGUUUCGUCUCUGAAAGAAAAAAACAAAACACUGGUUUUUUUAUUUCCUUCAAGCGGUCCGGCGGAUGAGGAUGAACGGUUCCCGAAACGAACCGUCCAAGGCAGUGAACAAGGGGCAGCAGGGGGACGCGGAGGCCGAGGCGGAGCGCAGGGACAGGAAGAGCGGCGGGGGGAUGCUGAAGAAGCUGAAGUCGAGGCGCAGCCAGGCGGAGAAGCUGCCCGCCGUGACGGAGGCUGAGCUGCGGGCUCUGCGGGGAGACGUGUCCCCGGACCAGGUCCUGGGGCUGCGGGCCGGAACCCAAGACUAUCUUUGCAAACCCGAGGACAAUGUCUUCAACAUUGACUUUACCCGUUUCAAAAUCAGAGAUCUGGAGACGGGGACGGUGCUGUUUGAGAUCGCCAAACCUCCUAACAGCUGUCCUGCAGAGAAUGAAGAUGAAAGUGGGGAUUUUGACGCCAGUGCAGGACGUUUUGUCAGAUACCAGUUUACUCCAGCUUUCCUGAAGCUGCGUACCGUUGGUGCGACCGUUGAGUUCACGGUGGGGGACCGGCCCAUCAACAGCUUCCGCAUGAUCGAGAGGCAUUACUUCCAGGGACGCCUUCUCAAGAAUUUUGACUUUGACUUUGGGUUCUGCAUACCCAACAGCCGCAACACGUGUGAACACAUCUAUGAGUUUCCACAGCUUCCAGACGACCUCAUUCACCAAAUGGUGGAGCAUCCUUACGAGACCAGAUCAGACAGUUUCUACUUUGUGGACAAUAAACUCAUCAUGCACAACAAGGCAGAUUAUGCGUACAACGGUGGGCUGUAAUACCUGCACACGGGAAACAGAUAGACUCUUUCGACUCCAUUCCUCCAAAAUGUUCUUUUUGAGAGUUCUCUCUACUUUGAGGACAUUUUUAGAAAUGUGACAAUAUGUAGAAACAAAAUAACAGACCACAUAUGCCUUUUAAAAUGAAACCAUGAUCCAUCCAGAAGCAUCUUACAGAGCUUAUAUGUCAGGAUUGCAGGGGGAUGUUUUGUUCAACAACUCUUGGAUAUCUAGGGGCAUUGUUUCCUACGUGUUAUGCUUGAAAACCUUUUUGCUUUCGGUCGAUUGCCGUCUCUGCUGGAAGGGGACACUUUGAGAACUCUCAAAGCAAUACUGGUGAGUUGGUUAGUUAGGAUUUCAUUUAAUAAUAAAAUGCAGAACAUGUCCGUUUAUGUGAACUGCCUUUCAAUGAAGUGACGAGGCUUUCCUGUACGGAACGGCAAGCUUAAGUAGCUAUUUUUCAGUAUCGUUAGUCUUAGAUGAAUAUGUAGCAUGAGUUGUUUUUUGUUUUUCUUCAGAUGUCAGCUGACUAUUUGAGGUCCACUUUUUUGUGGCACAUUUAUAAGUUGAUCAUUGUCUUCUUUGGUAGAACAUCUUUUAAUUCAGGAACAGGAAGUAAGCUUUUUAUGAUUGUUAGAUAAUGUUAAAAGCUUCAUUUGCCUUUGCAGCUUUUUGUUUGUCUUGAUCUGAAACCGUUUGGUCUACUUUCUUUGUCCACUUUGUCCACUCAGUGUGGCAGAGAGGCCCUUUUUAAUGCCCUGAACUCGGUCUUACUGGUUUAUUUGGCACAGCGUCACUGUGGACCUUCUGUUUAGAAGCAGUUUGGCCUCAACUGCAGCGUUAAACUGUUUUUUCUUGGUCUGUUUUUCUGCUCCCCUCUUCUCAGUUUACUAAUGAAAUAACAGUGGAGCACAGCUUUUCAAAACGGACAGAUGCUGCUUUGUAGCGUAUCUUUUUUUGUUUUUUCUCUCUCUCUCUCAAAUGGCAAGCACUCAGGUCGAUACAAAAGCUGACCGGACUAUUUUUUUCCUGUUCAUAAAACUUUACUCAUAUUUCAGCCCACUUACUAAAACUGAGCUACAUCUGUGCACAUCUGGUAAAGUCAACCUUAUAUUUUAUAGAAAAGUUGAUCAUAUUACAUGGCCAUUCACUGUGUUACUGGUAAAAGGGUCAAUAUUUUUGGUAAAAACAUUUUUUCAGGGGCGCGGGGGGGGGCUUAAGUAACUACCAUCCCAAAAACUCUAACGUAACUCAACUGUGUCACUUUAUUUGGGCCACCAGGUUUGCAGAGUACAGUGACGUUACAGAUAUAGAUCGGAGAAUGAUCCAUCUUUCCUGUGAAAGGGGUGCUGUUGCACUGCACCUGUGUGGCAUUUUGACAAAGGCGUGUCACAGACGUUUGUAUAACAUCUCAGGAAACUGUUAAAAACUUUGUUUGGUUUCUACGUAACUGGAAAAAUUAGUGAUUCAUUGAAAGCACAAACCCUGUUUGGUUUCACACCUGCAAAGGUAGAAAUAAUUUUAUAAACCUGGCACCAGGUAGCAAUAAUACAGGGCUAAUUUGUAAUGCCCAUUUAAAUCAGGUGUACACAAGAGUGAACAAAAUUUUCCAGUGCAGACGUGUGCCUUUCCUCUUAAUUCACAUGAAUUUACAUUGCAUAUGUGCCUCGGAUUCUGGUGCUGUUUUUCUUUUGCUAUUUUUGUUCCUAAGAUUUAACAAACCGUGUCUCUUUGACCAGAGCAGCUCCACUCUUCAUGUCACUAUGUCUGUAUACCGGCUCCAACUACUUUGUUUUCAAAAGGAGAUGAUUUCCAGUUCGUGUUAUGACGUUUUAUGAAGUAACUAUCCAUCCUUUCUUCCAUUCUUCCUUCCAUCAAUCAUUUUCUGUACCUACCUAAUCCUGUUCAUUGUCACAGUGGGAAUGGAGCCUUCGGUAGGAUCUUGUAUUUUGAAAAGAUUGUAAAACUUAAAGGUCAGUAACAGUGCUUUAUGUUGGCCAAUUUCACCUGUUGCACAUUUACUUUGUACAUGUGGGUUUAGACGGCCGGUGUGAUGGACCUCGUCUGGCCGUAUAACAUGGUAAUUUAUUGAAUUGCUUUGAAAAGGAGAGACACUUUGAAGAUAUGUAGUCAAGACUGUGACUGACUCAAACCCUUAUUUCUAACCUACUCCAUGUAAUCCACUUUUUGUAUUGACUGAUUUUUCAAAUGACAUAAUUAUGUGUUAUCGGAAUUGUAAAUAAAAAUGUAUGACGUGCUCAGAUUAUCAGUUUUGGCUGUCGUCCCUCCAGCGUUCACAACACUGGCUUUAUUUUAUGUGGUAUUAUUAUAGCUGAUUUUAGCAUUAAA